CCGUCUCCAAUCAAACCAAAAAGGUCAUCCUUCCGAACGAAACACACAUUUGCAACCUCAAAUCUCUUAUAACCUUAUCACCACCAUUUUUCCAAAUUCGAAGCUAAUGGAUUCCUACAAAACCCUAGAAAUCGUUCGCAAGAAUACCGACUCCUCCGUCUUCCACGUCGUCCUCAACAGGCCGUCGCAGCUCAACGCCCUAUCCCUCGACUUCUUCGACGAAUUCCCCAUAGCUCUAUCGUCCCUCGACCAAAACCCAGACGUCGCCGUCAUCAUCCUCUCCGGCGCCGGAAAACACUUCUGCUCCGGCAUCGACCUCGCUUCCCUCUCCUCGAUCUCGGCCCAAUCGUCCUCAGGCGGCGACAGAGGGCGCUCGAGUGAGGGUCUACGACGCAGGAUCAAAUCGAUGCAGGCGGCGAUAACCGCCGUGGAAGAGUGCCGGAAGCCUGUGAUCGCAGCUGUGCACGGCGCGUGUAUCGGAGGGGGAGUUGAUCUCGUCACGGCUUGUGACGUUAGAUACUGCUCCGAGGACGCUUUCUUCUCGAUCAAGGAGGUUGAUCUAGCGAUCGUUGCGGAUCUCGGGACUCUCCAGCGGUUGCCGAGGAUCGUCGGGCACGCGAAGGCUAUGGAGUUGGCGUUGACGGCGAGACGAUUCUCGGGAUGUGAAGCGAAGGAACUUGGUCUUGUUUCUCAGGUCUUCAGAUCUAAGUCGGAGCUUGAUAAAGGCAUCACCAUGAUCGCUGAAGGAAUAGCAGCGAAGUCUCCUUUAGCUGUGACAGGGACGAAGGCAGUGUUGUUAAGAAGCAGAGAGAUGAGUGUAGAACAAGGUCUUGACUACGUAGCAACUUGGAACUCGGGUAUGCUUAUAUCGAACGAUCUCAACGAAGCUGUCUCUGCGCAGAUGAUGAAAAGACAACCUCGUUUCUCUAAACUGUGACGAGAGUCUCUGUUUCUUUCUUCUUGUCUGCCUGGUAACAAAGCAAUAAGGUCUUUAUUGGAAGAAGUUUUGUUUUAUAGUUUCUACAGCAGCUUGAAUAAUUUGAUGACUUUAGUUUGGGCUUUGAUUUGAGUCAGUUGUCUCGAUCGUUCAAAUUUCGUGAAAGUUAAGAUCAUUUAUAUCAAUGGUUAAGUCUACUGAACAGUUUGAUUCACAUUGAGUGAAGUUGAUCUUUGAUUAGA